AAUCACUUGAGUCAGUUGUUGAAUGUUACAUUACAGCCUCUAUAUAGGAGCCAGUUUUGUAGGUUUGUGAUCAUCACACAUCGAAAUCAGGAGGAAUAAGUUCUCCUUUCAAAUUUCAAUUAAUAGCUUUUGCCCUUUGGCUUCAUUGUUGUGCUGUGGAGCUCUUUCUCCCUUUCUCCUCUGUUGUGGUUUUUGGCAUUGUAAAGAGGUAGCCACUUAGCCAUGGGACCUGGCGGACCAGGUGGUGGUGGUGGUGGUCCUGGUGGACCGGGAGGACCUGGUUGGGGUCCUGGACCGGGUGGACCGGGAGGUUGGGGUCCUGGACCUGGCGGACCAGGUGGACCGGGUUGGGGUCCUGGACCUGGCUUUGGUGGACCGGGUUGGGGUCCUGGCUUUGGUGGACCGGGUUUCUUUGGACCUGGUGGUUUUUUUGGUGGUUUUGCUAAUGGUUUAUGCAGCCUCGUAUCUUCAUGCUUCUACUGCUUGUGCUGUUGUUGGUUGUUCCAAGAUUGCUUCGGUGGUCCACGAGGCCCAGGUGGGCCACCACCUCCUUUCUGAUAACAGAUUUAUCUUUCUCACCUAUGUUGCCUGCACUGCUAUGUGGAUCAGUAAAGUUGAAGUCCAUGUCCAUUGUUCAUUUUGGUGGUUCCUUCAUUUCUACCUUUGUUUCUUAAACUAGGAAGGCACUUCUUUUUAACCAUAUGUAACGUGAGGCUAUUGUCAUUAUAUGUCUUACUUAUAAUAAAUCUACAUUUUCAUUACUAUUUACAGUAUCUUGAACAAUGAUCAUGAUUUUAAGUCAAUGUUUUGAUUAU